AUUUAAGCAAUCACAUCCAAAAUGAAGCUGCAAUCUCUUGUUACUCUUGCCGCCUCCGGCCUUGUUGCCGCUCAGAGCCGUCCCAACCUGACCGCGGCCAUUGAGUCUGAGAACUCUACCCUCUCCUCGCUUGGUGGCCUUAUCGCCGGUCAGCCCAGCCUUCUUCGAGACCUUGGCCGUCUUCGAAAUGUCACCAUCUUGGCCCCAAGCAAUGAUGCCCUCGAGGAGCUCCUCAAGGACACCAGCAUUGCUCGCAUGGUCGACAGCAACCCCAGCUAUGUCGCCAAUCUUUUGUCUUACCACAUCCUGAACGGCACCUACUAUGCCAGCAACAUCACGGACAUGGACAUGGCUGCUUUUAUUCCUACCCACUUGACCAACUCGACAUACACCAAUGUCACAAGCGGACAGCGCGUGGAGGCCAUGGCCAUGAACGACACUGUCAGCUUCUACAGUGGUUUCCGCGCUCAGUCCAAUGUCACCAAGGCUGAUCUCAACUUCACUGGAGGUGUCAUCCACAUCAUCAACCGUGUUCUUAGUGUCCCUCAGAACCUCUCCGACACGGCCAUCGCCGCCAACCUCUCCGCCGCUGCUGGCGCCCUUACAGAAGCCAAGGUUGUUACUAACCUUACCGCUGAGAAGAACAUCACUGUCUUUGUUCCCAACAACAGUGCGUUCGCCAAGAUUGGCUCUGUUCUCGCCAAUGCCAGCGAGUCUGACGUCGCCGAUAUUCUUGCCUACCAUGUUGUCAACGGCACUGUUGGCUACAGCAGCGACCUCAAGAACGGUACCCUCACUGCUUCCGAUGGCACAAAGCUCAACAUUGCUAUCUACAACGGCACUGUCUUUGUCAACGAGGCCAAGGUCAUUGUCCCUGAUGUCCUCAUCGCCAACGGUGUUGUCCACGUUAUCGAUGGUGUUCUCAACCCUGACAAGCCCUCUGCUACUGCCAACCCUACUGCUAGCACACAAGAGGCUGCCUUCUCUGGCGCCAGCUCUGUUAGCGACGUUCCCUUCACCUCCGGUGUCCCCGAGGGUACUGCUCAGGCCACUGGUCUGUCUCCCUCCACUUCAACUGAAGGUGCUGCUCAGGCUACUGCUGCCAUUGCGCUCGGUGCGCUGUUUGGUGGUGCUGCUCUCAUCAUGAACGCUUAAGCUGUAGUUAGUUGUAAUUAAGUUAAUUGGCUAGGGAUUAAUGGUCGUUGAUAGUAAUGGUGCAUUAAAUGAAUAAACAUGAUUUGAAUCUAACCGCAUUCCUUGCCGUUAAUUAAAGUUAAUGUCUCCUGAUCAACAGCCGUGUGUCUAAACUUCUCACGCGAGGCCGAAACAUCCGUUCAAAUGAGAUUCACACCCCCAUGACAGGGCCUUCAUCCCCAUAGACAGGAUCUUUCCGAAACCAUUCCACAUUCUUAAUGGCAUUAACCUUGAUCUCCUCUCCCUUGUUCCCAUAGCACAUGUCCCAAUCGCAUCCCUGAGGGUAACUCCCUACCAUUUCAAACCCACCAUCCAAGUCCUCCAACAGCCGAUGUCCAACGCCCGCAGGCACAAUGACAACGUCGCCCUGCUCCACGACAGGCUCAACGCGCCCAUCGUUCUCCUCGCCGCCAAAGCACAGCCGGGCCCUGCCGUGACUAAUGCAGAGGACCUCGUGGGAUGUGCUGUGGAAAUGUGUUUGGCUGUACAUUGUGUAGCGCCAUUGCGGUUUCACCGCGCCGAUUGACGUGAGGUGCGCUUCGAUCUUUGACGCUGAGAUGGGGCGUUGGAAAGUGCCGUGGUAAUGGAGGAGGGGUUUUUGCUGGAUGCUGCAGUUGGGAAUGAGAUUGUGUGCUGGUAUGAGAUGUUUUGAGACGCGGAGAGAUGAGAGAGGUGUCAGAGACAUUGUCAUGGGUGAUGGUUUAUGUUG